UUUUCUGGAGAGUUUUUCUGUCUUUGUAGUUAAACAUAAAUGUGUCUUGUGUUCUGUUAAGUGUACAUUGUUGAACGCUUAAAAUAUUAGCCAUUUAAUUGUAAUUUGUAUUUUUUCAGUAGCAAUAGAAAUAUAGAUAUAUAAAUUUUAAAUAUAUUCCAAAGCUACUAUGCAAAGGGCUACAAGAAUUAUUACAUCUUUAUCAUCGUAUGAGGGUGCUGAUAAUGAUGAUGAUAGACCUGAAGGAGUAGGUCCAGCACGUGAUUUAGAACAGUUUGUAAGUCAGGUUGAAGAUUUUAGUUCUCAGUAUGGAAGCGAAAUAAGUAUCUCAUAUACCGCACACAAUCUUCGUGGACCUCCCGCCAAUUUUCCCGACUAUGGAGAUUAUCCUCAAGCGUUUGUCAUGAGAACUUAUGGUACGUGGUGGGAAGAAGCUCCUUCGGUUCAAAAAAAUUUUAUGCCGCAGAAUGCUCCCGCAAUACAAAGCCAGGAUUUUGUUGAAGUUUCAUUUAGGACGUUAGUAUUUCCUUCGGAAGUGGCUAUAUUUGAGACAUAUAAUCCAGGUGCAUUAGUAAGGAUUUGGGCAUUAGGGCCACUAGAAUGGUUGUUGCUGUGGGAAGGGGAGCCAGAAUAUGCUGGGGAUAAACCAAGAAUUUUCAGGCCACCCAUACGUGAAAUUGACUAUCCAGUCAGGAUUUUGAGAUUGGAAUUUGAUCACCGGCUUCUACCAUAUUAUACUGAACUAGAUGCCAUAUCGAUAAGAGGGUUAGAAGGCAGAAUGUGUGCGAUACAGUCUAAAAUUGAUCAUGAGUUGGCUAAAAGAAAUAAAAAAAAAGGGCCUCUUUUAAGCUCAGUGCUGGCGUCUAGAUUACAUGAAACAGUGUUGACAAUGCCAGGAGCUGAAAGAAAAAAAAAGAACCGUAAAUCUUCACGGUUGCUGGAUAUUCAACAAUUACCGAACGAGACACUUCUCGGCAUCAUGAGAUACCUGGACCUAAAGUCGCUCUGCCGUUGCGCGCAGGUGAAUCGACAUUUCAGAGGGCUGGCUACCGACUCACUCCUCUACAGGAGCAUUGAUUUGAGACCGUAUUGGUACUGCGUGACGUCAGAGGUAUUAACAUUUAUGUCCAUGCGAUGCAAACGUCUUCAGAAAUUGGACCUCUCUUGGUGCGGCAGCCAUUGUAUGAUUAGGCCGCACGCCAUGGUUGAAUUUCUGAAACACAAUGGUGCGGCUUUGACACACCUGCGGCUGAAUUGUUGCAAGUUUGUCAAUAACUGUGUUAUAAGAGCGGUGGGCAUUUACGCGCCGGAUCUGCAAGAGUUAUGUCUUCGCUCCGUGGAGACAUUUUCAAAUUACAACGAUCUACUUCCACUGAAGAAGCUGCGACGACUGGACCUGUACAGGACGCAUAUUAACACCAAAGCGGCAGUGGCAAUCCUUAAAGCGAAUCCAGGAAUACAACAUCUGAAUCUCGGUGCAUGCAAAAUGAUAUCUAUGAUGGACUCCAUCGCGUUGGUGCUGGGUGCGUAUUGUCGAGAACUAGUGUCUGUGGACUUUUGGAAGUCAUUCUCACUGACUGGGUUGGGCCUCCGAGCGCUGGCUAACUGUACCAAGCUGCAAGAAAUAGAUGUCGGAUGGUGUCUACAAGCGGGGAGCUCAGGCGAAUGGCUAAGGGCAGUUACUCGUGGGGAAUUGCGGAAGUUGUUCCUGGGCGCGCUACGAGGGGUGUCUGACGCAGACUUGCGAGCAAUACUGCCCAGGAUUAAGAAGCUGACGCAGCUGGAUCUGCUCGGUGUGAGGGCUAUCACACCGGGUAUCUGCUCAGAGAUCCUAGACAAUUGCCGUGAGCUACGUUUACUCGACGUCAGCUUUUGUGAUCAGAUAGACGGGUUCGAAGUGGCUGAAUGGCGUCGCCAGUACCCCAACGUUAGCAUUAAACGAUCAUUCCAAUCCUUAAAUUUGACUAACUCUACCCCAAAUCCACUUUUCCAUGCUCCUAACUUUGAAUAGUUUACAAGUUAAAUUUAAAUUCACUGGGUUUCAUUAGAAUAACUCAUUUGUGUCUUAAUAUAUUGACAAUUACUUAAACCUUAUACGCCAAAACUAUUUUUUGAUUAUUAUAAGAUAUUUAUUUAGAUUUUUAGCAGUAUUUAAUAACUUUGCAAAAAAAAAUUGAGGUGUUGAAAAUUGCCUUUUUAUAAUGAUAAAAAUUCAAUUAUACUAUCUAAGCCUUAACUUCAGUCUCAAAUCUACUUCUAUUUUUGAACUUAUUACUGUACAUAUAAAUUUUCGAUUAAUAUGUUCAACUAAAGUAUUCAACAUAGACUGAUGAAAUAAUUUUAACCGCAGCUCGAAAUAACAUGGUCUUCAACUAUGUUACGUGAUGUGUUCUUGUCGUUAAACCCUCUUAGUAUUCCAAACGAAACCAUUUUUACCUUUGAAUACAUAUGCGUUAGAUGGUUUAGUAGUAUCUUCUUGGAACUUGGAUCUUUCUGACUUGAUGCUUUCCUCCUCUUGUGCCUUGAAGGAAAUUACAUCGUCUUUAAUAUGUUCUUUCUCGGAUUAGAAACUGGGGUCCUCAAAAAUGAUAAAUAAAUCACAAAUAUCGUCGUCUUCUGCAGCCAUUCAACGUUUUGUUGAGAAUUAUAGCAAACUUUAAUCAGAUGUUCUUACUAAUCUGUCCUUUGUACUUAAGGUGAAUUAUCUGCAAAUAUAAAAAAUUAAACUAUUAUGAAUCAAAUUAUAAUACUGUUUCGUAAGAACAUUUCUUUUUUUACUUUGUGGUAUCGGUAGUAAUUAUUGAGCCUUUUACUUUCACAACGUAUCCCCCAGUUCAAUCGUCGCCCGCCACGUAGCUAUCAAUGUGUUUUCCAUUUUCGAAUUCAUGAGUGCGCUUUAUGAUGAAGGUUGUCAACGCUCUUAUGAUUCCUCUGGUGUUACAAGUGAGUAUGGGCCGAGUUGAUCACAUACCAUUAGGUCACCCGUAUUUAUGUUUGUUUGUCCUCUUCUUUCAUAAAAAAGACUCAGUGCUUGUAUCACCUUGAACACACACUAUGUGUAAUUACACAUAGUGUAAGUGUGUCCAAUUGUGUAGCUAAAAAUGUACAAGAAUCUCGACUCUAUAGUCUUCUCCUUAUAUGAUGCUCUCAUGUCACUGGUAAUUAAUUGUUUUGUUGGUUGAAGACUGCUUUCACAGGAUGCUGGCUUGAUGUCCAUCUUUUUUGUCGUAGUAGUGUGGAAGCACGACUGAGAUUUUUGAGAAAUUUAAUUUUUCUAAAAUUGAGUGGUGUGGUCUUAAAUAUUUUCCUAUUGAUAUUGGCUAUAUAUUAAAUUAUUGGUCAAUUAAAUUUGUAUAUAAAUCUCUACUAUUAAAUUACCAAAAAUAAUUAAAAAAUGUGAAAGAGUUAAGUGAUCGUAAUAUGCAAUCAGUCUUUUGUAUGAUUUACAUAUUAAACUUUUUAGUACUCCUGCCUAAAAAUCUAUUACCUACUUUUACUACGUAUCGGUUAUCAAUACCAGUAUGUGUGAUGUGGGUAGUGGGAUUUUUUUGGCAUUGUUUUUUUUAAUAAAUGUUUUCGGUAAGGUUAACCAGUUUCUUGUUUGUAAUUUUUUUUAAGGAAUGUUGCAUAUUAUAUGUACUAUUCAAAAUAAUCUUUCAAGUUUGGUCAGGCUCAAAAAAUUUGUCAUUUGUAGGUAGUUUGUAAGAAACCUUUUCAUAUAUUAUAUAUUAUGAAAUUAGUGUUUAUUGUACGUACUUAUAAUAUAAUAUGUGGGUAGAAGUAAAUUUUUUUUGUUAUUUAUUAUUUAGAUUACACUUAGUAAUACAGUGUUUAUUAUUUUUUUAAGUUUUUUAUUUUAGUUAAAGUUUGAUAGUUUAUUAUUCUAAAUUACAUCAAUACAAAAUUUAUAUAAUCAUUAGGUAUGUGAUCUAAUUUAAUUUAACAUGAUGGAAAUCUAAAUACUUAAUUCACAUGGUGAUAAUUGGCAUCUCUAACUAGGGUUAUGUUUUUAUUUCUUUUCUACGAAAUGUUCAUUGGGUAAAUAAAUAUGUAAGUGAAAUAAACAUUUGCCUUCAGAAAUGUCAAUUAUGCUGCUCCAAGAUAGAAGAAGAAAUAUGUAAAUGACUGAACAUUUGCCUUCAGCAAUGUCAAUUAUAUUGUUAUAAGAAAAUAUGUAAAUGAACUAAACAUUUGGCUUCAGCAAUGUCAAUUAUGCUGUUAUAAGAAAAUGUGUAAAUGAUCUAAACAUUUCCUUCAGCAAUGUCAAUUAUGCUGUUAUAAGAAAAUGUGUAAAUGAUCUAAACAUUUCCUUCAGCAAUGUCAAUUAUGCUGUUAUAAGAAAAUGUGUAAAUGAUCUAAACAUUUCCUUCAGCAAUGUCAAUUAUGCUGUUAUAAGAAAAUGUGUAAAUGAUCUAAACAUUUCCUUCAGCAAUGUCAAUUAUGCUGUUAUAAGAAAAUGUGUAAAUGAUCUAAACAUUUCCUUCAGCAAUGUCAAUUAUGCUGUUAUAAGAAAAUGUGUAAAUGAUCUAAACAUUUCCUUCAGCAAUGUCAAUUAUGCUGUUAUAAGAAAAUGUGUAAAUGAUCUAAACAUUUCCUUCAGCAAUGUCAAUUAUGCUGUUAUAAGAAAAUGUGUAAAUGAUCUAAACAUUUCCUUCAGCAAUGUCAAUUAUGCUGUUAUAAGAAAAUGUGUAAAUGAUCUAAACAUUUCCUUCAGCAAUGUCAAUUAUGCUGUUAUAAGAAAAUGUGUAAAUGAUCUAAACAUUUCCUUCAGCAAUGUCAAUUAUGCUGUUAUAAGAAAAUGUGUAAAUGAUCUAAACAAUUCCUUCAGCAAUGUCAAUUAUGCUGUUAUAAGAAAAUAUGUAAAUGAUCUAAACAUUUCCUUCAGCAAUGUCAAUUAUGCUGCUAUAAGAAAAUAUGUAACUUAACUAAACACUUGACUUCAGCAGUGUCAAGUAUGCUCCUAUAAGAAAAUAACUAUGAAACUUAACUAAACAUUUGCCUUCAGCAAUGUCAAGUAUGCUGCUAUAAGAAAAUAAAUAUGUAACUUAACUAAACAUUUGCCUUCAGCAGUGUCAAGUAUGCUCCUAUAAGAAAAUAAAUAUGUAACUUAACUAAACAUUUGCCUUCAGCAGUGUCAAGUAUGCUCCUAUAAGAAAAUAAAUAUGUAACUUAACUAAACAUUUGCCUUCAGCAGUGUCAAGUAUGCUCCUAUAAGAAAAUAAAUAUGUAAGUUAACUAAACAUUUGCCUUCAGCAGUGCCAAGUAUGCUCCUAUAAGAUAAUAAAUAUGUAAGUUAACUAAACAUUUGCCUUCAGCAGUGUCAAGUAUGCUCCUAUAAGAAAAUAAAUAUGUAACUUAACUAAACAUUUGCCUUCAGCAGUGUCAAGUAUGCUCCUAUAAGAAAAUACGUAAAUGAACUAAACAUUUGCCUUCAGCAAUGUCAAUUAUGCUGCUAUGAGAAAAUAUUUAAAGCAUAUUUCACUGUUCUGCAUAUUACCAGUACCCUUAAUACAAGUUAUUGAUUUACGACGACGACGACAUGGCGGCCCCUACAGCCCAGAGGUUAGUUGCUCUGCCUACUGAGCUAGAAGUCCCGGUUACGAAUCCCCGUAGGUGAAAACAUUUAUAUAAUGGAUAUGGGUGUUUGUUUCCAAGUCAUGGAUGUAUGGGGCAAGAUAUUUUGUGUAAAAGUGUGUCAAUAUAUUAUUAUUUAUACUGUUGUACAAAUAAAUAUAAACGGAAUAUUGCUAUUAAAAUUCCCUGUGGCUUAAACCGUUUCAUAUCUUUGCAAUUUUUAUUAGUAUUCUACGUUGUGAUAUAUAAUAUGGUGUAAUAGUAGAUGUUAACAAUAGGUCUGAUCACUACAAUUAUAUUAUAAUUACUAUAGGGCGUGGUGUGAUCGAAGAUAAUAUUUGAGAGCGGUAUUGCCAAUAUCGCGGUCUCGCUCACACUGAAUGACUAAUUUUUGCACCGCGUUUUCGACUUUUUUUUUUUAAUUGUUAAUAUUUAAUAUAUUAGUAUAUAUCAAAAAUUAACAAUUAUAUGAUAUAUAUGAGUAGUUAAUACAGCUGUAUGCCAGAAAAACUGGGGGCUUAACAUAUUAUUAUUAAUAUAUUAUUAAAUGAACCCUGAACACACUGUUCCAAAUCGAAAACACAUCAAUCCUUAGUUGCCUAUUAAGCUUAUUGACACAUGAAGAAGGACAAAGAAAUAUUUAAAUUUUAUUUAGUUUUAUGAGUAUGUAGAAUUAGUAUUGCUCAUAGAUUAAGAAGAGUAUUAUAGGCUUCAGCCGAACAAGAGCUUUCUGUUUAUUCGGUUUUUUUUAUACCAUCACAGUU